AACGCUGCAUACUUCACUACACUACAUUUUAAACCAUUACAGAGUGAAUACCACGUUAAUAACAGAAGAAACAGCUGUCUUAACGACAUUCAGCUGCGGCUAACGAUAAGGUCGCGACAGACCGUUGGUUUCGGUAGGCCUCUGUUAUGUAGCAUGUGAGCUAAAAUAACCCGUCACUGCGUCACGUGUUGAGAAUAGAAAAACAUAAAAACAUACAGUGUAGUUAGCCAGGCUAAGUCACUCUGUUUGUUCUGUUUAGAUAACGUUAUUCCAAUGUUUGCCGAUCGCUGUACAGUAACGCUAGUGUCGUCUUAUCUCUGCUCGUAGUUCGGCCCAGCUAGCUUUGGCCUACUUUUUAUUAAACCGUAAGUAUGUGAUUGUUUUCUUGUCUGUCUUGGUUUUUAAGUUUCACUUUAACGUUGCCUAUCUUGAGCCAGCAUAUUUGCCAAGAAACAUCCAUCCUAGGCUCAGAUAUUAUAGUCGCAGUUUAAUAGCUGCUCUGGCUGUGGCUCUAGGAAAAGUUAGUUUUUCUAAGUUAGCGUCUUUGUAGCUCGUUAUUUCCGUACAGGUGCUAGUUAGUUACGUCAGAGUGCACCUAACCUGACCCUUAAGAUGGAAGCCAGAGCUGCUGUUCAUGCCGACAGUCAGUGUCCAACUACAGCCUCCAUGUCUAGAUUAAAUACACCGCCCACGAUUGCAAAGUCAGGUGUUCUUUUUUCUAGAUCAGAUACUUGAAAGAUAAAAAUGUGGGCUGAUCAUUCAGCGUAGUGACAAUGAGUUUAUCCACUAAGCUGUUCUAGCCAAAUUCUCAGUCUUGCUCUGGAGUCGUUAUUGAGAUCAUAUUUGUCUCAUGAUGCUGUACCUCUUGUGUGGAAAUGUCUCAUUUGUAUUUGUGCACAACUGUCUGUCUCCUAAUAACCCUCUUUCAGUUCCCCGGGGAGUGUUUUUCAUUGAUUUGUAGGUUUAAAACCAUCCACUUGGCCCUUUGUGGGAAUCCCUGGAUAUGGAUAGCUUGUCCCCCCCCCCCCAAUGAGAAUACAUUGGCAGAAGAUUUUUUUUUCCUCUUCAGCAUUGGUAAACAACAGCUGAAAAUUUCUAGAAGCUUGAAUAUCCUGCCCUGCCAUUUUUUUCUACUGUAUCACUCAAAUGCCACCAAGUGUGCAGAAUGUCUCCAAGCCCAAGAAGAAACUGAGGAUGUUUUUCCACCCACCGUCCCACUUUUGUCCCCCUUUUUGCCACAACAAUAUAAGCAUUUUUGGAUCUUUUUUUUUUUUAAUUUUCUGGCUGUUUAUGUCCCCCUAUUUCUUUGCUUCAUUGGUUAUACCAAUUAAUAAAAAAUAAUAAAAAAAAAUCCCCAAAAGGACUUUGUUGCACCCACCAUCAGUAAUGUUUAGCAGUCUGGCGGAGAUAAAGAGUCUGAGAAAAGGGAUGUCGUAGGAAGACAAGUGUCUCUGGGCGACCCACCCCCCUUUUCCUCUUAUCUCACGGAUCAAGUGUUCCUUCAGGACUCCAUACCGCCUCGGAGACACCCUACCAGCAGUGCACUCAAGAGGGAGACAGCUUCUCAGCCACCUCAGGGAGAAUCCUGUUGGCCCUGAAGAGAACCAGCUGCUGGGUUUAAAGGUUGUAACCUCAUCACCUCUGCCACUCAAGACGCAUACCAGCACUACUAUGACCAACCAUGGAGAUGACUGCUACUUCUUUUACUAUUCCACCUGCACUAAAGGAGACAGCUGCCCCUUCAGACACUGUGAGGCAGCUAUGGGCAAUGAGACUGUCUGCAACCUCUGGCAGGAGGGACGCUGCUUCCGUUCUGUCUGCAAAUUUCGCCACAUGGAAAUAACAAAAAACCGUAAGGAGAUACGCUGUUACUGGGAGAACCAAGCAGCUGGCUGCCAGAAGCCACACUGUGCCUUCUUCCAUGAAAAGCCCCGCUACAUCGAUGGCAUGUUUGUCCCACCUGAUAAAAGUGUGAGCAAGAAUGAGGACCAGCUGCAUGAAGAGCCGGCUCCCCCACCACCUGCCCCUCUCCCAACGGCGGCUAAUCCCCAGCUCAGAGGUGUCAUCAAGACAGAAGCUCAGGAGCCGGUACCGAGCCCCACCCACCCACCAGUGGUGAUUAAUCCAGCAGAUGAUGACGAAGAUGAAGAUGACCAGUUCUCCGAGGAGGGAGAGGAUGGCAAGGUCGGCCCCUCCCCUAGAAAACUAUCCAAAUCAGGUGACUCCCUGAACUUUGGAGUGAGCACCCUGGAAGAGAUCCGGCUGAGGAAAGCUCUGAAGGCCAGCAUGAAGAGAGCUGGUUACCCCAUCCAGAGCGCUGACAGCUCGACCAACAGAGAGAAAGAAAACAUCCGGUCACUUUUUCAACCGCCUCUGUUCGAGGCAAGAGACGGCCCACUUGUCUUUGAAGAAACUGUGAGACCAAGAGGCAGCGUGGCUGAAAGGCUUGGAAGGAAGAUGCCCAACAAUGAUGUAACAAUGGGAGAAGGUGUCCCCCUGAAAAGGAGUCUGGCUGAGCGUCUGGGCAGAGUUAUGGACGAGGAAGAGCCAUUAAUGCCCCCUCAGAAAGCUUUAAAGCCUGUUAGGGAAAGACUAGGCCUGUCUGCUGGCCCUGCUGCACUCAUCCAAUCAGUCCCAACAGCUGAGGCCAGCACAGAGUCAAAGAGGGCUCCUGAGCAGAUCCGCAUUAAAACUCUGGAGGAGAUCAAACAGGAGAAAGCAGCAAAGUCUCAGUUGAAAGAGGGCCCUUCAGUCAUGGCUCCAGAAAUCAACAAUAGCAAUAUCAAAAAAGGCAUCAAGAGAGCCAUCACCAUAAAAAAUGACUCUGUUGGCCACAUCAAGACGUUCUCUGAGGUUCUUCAUGCUAAAAAAAGAAGGCAGGAGGAGCAGAACCACAGCCCAAAGAAGAAGCAGAGUGUGGAGAAAGCUCCAGGCAAGAACCAGGGAGAGUAUGACACAGCCGGGCCUGGUCCUGAGACUACCAACAUAGCUGGGGUUAGAGUGAAGACCCUGGAGGAGAUCCGCAGAGAGAAAGCAGCAAGGCUUCAUGCUCAGCAGGCCGUGGAGGCUGAAAACAAAAAGAGCUCUGAUACUGAGGAGAACGGUGCUCAGAAAGCCCGCCUGCUGCGCAUCAAGAAACCGGACGCUCAAGGCAGCACCACAACAGAGAAGAGUUCUGAAGGGACAGAGAAGCCUCUGAAGGCUGAGACCAGUGUUGCCAAUGGAGACUGUGUCAAGGUCAAAACCUUCGAGGAGAUUAUGCAGGAGAAACGCCUCCGCAAGCAGGAAAUGGAGGAGCAGGCCAAAGGCUCCCCUCAAGCAGAAUCAUGUCAUAAACAGACAGCUGGAGGAACCCUGAAAAGGAAAGUUCCUGCUAGAGUCAGCCUUACACCACCAGGCUCUUCAUCACCUUCCUCCACCACGCCGGCUCCCAACAUUACCCUCUCCACCCAAAAGGUCCCUGUUCGUAAACUCAUUCCUUUCAAGCCUAAGGCUGCUCCACCUCUCAACAGCAACACUACUCGUAGUACAAGAGGCACUGCUGCUGUUACCUCAGUCCCUGUGAAGCAGAGCUUUUCCCCACCGGAGGCAGACCCCGAGUCCCGCUCACAGAGCCCCAGCAGCUCGAGGGAGGUCCCAGACAAAAACACAAGAAACUCCACUGCACUGCCACCAGCUAAGCAGACCAGAGCAGCUCCUCAGGGUCCCUCUGUGGAGUCCCCUACCACCGAAAAACAAGCGAACAACAAUCACAAGACAUCCCCAGAACACACUACAGACACCAAAGUGAGGCCCAAGCUGAAUGUGAAGCCCUCUGUCAUGGUGAAACCGGGCCAGAAGAGGAGGGGGGCUGAGCGAUCUGCUGUCGCUGCUGUGAAACCUCUGAACAGUGCCUCCACAGUGCCGGAGGAGCCACUGCAGGAGAAAACAUGCAGAGACAGACAGGUUUUCCCGUCUUCCAGUGCAGAGGCUCAGCUGAGCUCUGCAGUUCCCCGUAGUCCCAGCACCUUGUUGGACUUGGGCUCCAGCUCCAGCCCACUGAGAGAGGACCUCCAGACUGUCCCGGUUUUCAAACAGAGUCUGAAUCAAGAAACCAAGCCUGUCAGUGUUGCUGCUGCUAGAGAGGCCUGCACCGUCCCCCAAAGCCCAGUCCUGAAGACUCCCACUCAGCCCAAGUCACGGAGAACGAGCGUAGCUGCUUCACGCACCGCCUCCACCUCCAGCGCCGCCGCCUCCACCUCAGCUGUGGAUGACUUCGAGGAGCUGAUAAAUGAAUUCACCGACGACCAUCUGGAAGAUGAAGAUGUGGACCCCGGCAUCGGAGAGGACGACCUGCUGCAGGAGCUGUCAGAAAUGAUCGACAGCUGAGGGCUUCAUCGUGCACAAUCAACACCCCGUACCAACUCAUCACCCACAACCUUGUCUUAUGACUCUAUAUUUACAAGAAGUAAAGACCAUCACCCACUACCCACAUCACUCUACCAUCAAGUGUUUCAAAAAGACUUUCUGUCUGUGAAGCUCAGUUUAUUUUUAGCUUUUAGUUUCAUAUUUGUUGUUCUUUACAUCGUAGACAUCUUUUUCAUUCCCUGCCUUGACGAUCGCGCGAUGGCCAAGGAGUUAUUUUGUUUUCUCGUCAUCCUUCACAAUCAUUGUGAAACAUUUCAGGUCCUGAAAAGAGAAAAUGAGUCAAUCUCUGGUGCUGGGAGACGUGGAGAACAUGAACUCUGUUGGUCAGGAGUUCCUGGAAGUGAAAUGUUGGGAAUGAUGAACGUGUCAUUGUAGAGGGGAGUCACAUCAGUGUGUAUACUGUGUAUGCAAAGGAAAGAGCAAGCUGAAUAUAGAAAUCAUAAAUACUGCUGCACUUACAGGAGCCUGCCCCCAGCUAUCUCUGUUUUUAUAUGUGAGUGAACAAGACUGCUGAUUUUCCACUCGGAUCUUAUGGAGUGCACCUUCUGCCUGUGACUGUCCUUCAGUGUUUUUAUAAUCUUUAAAAUGUGUGUAUUUUUUUAACCUGUUCUUUUAUUCGGUGAGCAACACUUUAAAACAACUAGUCUGGGAUAAAUGCUCUCUGGUCUUUAUUAAUGAACACCUCAGGGAUUGUUUUCUGAUGUUUCUAUGUUAUUUCUAUGACAAACACUGUACUUCAGUUCAGCCAUACUGUCUUCAGUUGUCUUUUUCUCUUUCUGUGUCAGCAUUGGUUUUAUCAGUGUGGUCUGAGAAAAGAUCGACUUCUCUUCGGUCUUAAUACAUGUUUGCUCUGCCCUGACCGUUUCCCACAAACUUACUGUUCAAAGUGAUGUGUACAGAUUACUGUGUAAAUAAAAAAUGAUUUUAAUGACCAGCUG